AUGUGGCUAAAAGCAUACCUAGACCUCAUAGAGAGAAGACCGACAUGGGCCUUCAUAGCUAAUGCAUUAAUUAACCAAAUAAUACUACCAGAAGUUACAAGCAUGGAACAAGUGAAUACCUUUUUACAAAUGUGGGAUGUGCCAACACAAGGCCCAAGGGCACACAACCUCCCUAAAUACUUACUACGCAUGCUACAAACAGCAAAGAAAUACCACAUAAAUUUUGCGGCUCUAAAACUCUCCAAGGAACUGAAAAGCCAAAUGCCAGUGUGGCACCAUCUUGGAUUGACCCCCAAUCACUACAAGAAACAAAAAAACAAAUGCUUGCUGGAAAAUCACGCCAUACCAACCAUAGUUGACAUGGUCAAGUUGGCAAGGCGAACGGAAAACCCUACCUAUAGUGAAAGGAGACACCAUCCAAGAAGUACUUGUGCAUGCAACCCAUGCAAAGACGACAAGAGAAGAGGCUGCCCAAACCCAAACAAAUGCAGCAGAAUGGCACACAAAAUCCUAAAGGGGCUGCACCCUAAAUUUGAUCCAAAAAUCACCCCAGUAGACGAUGGCCUAACGCUCACGCACCAAAGGACAGAGAAGAAUAAUACAAACCGAGCACAAAAAAAGGGAGAGAUCUUAUUUGACCCCUCAGUAACCCUGCAAACAGAGUUGGUGGAUGGCUUCAGAAUCUUCACUGACCCGACAAAAAUAUCACCUAACCCGGCACAUAGACUAGUCAACACCCGAAGAGGCAUCUCAGUAGAUGAGGAAGCCAUAACAGCCUUCACUGAUGGCUCAUGCAUAAUCAAUGGCAAAGCCAACGCCCAAAGUGGGGCAGGUAUCUGGAUAUCUGAAGGACACCCCAAGAACCAAGCCAUAAAAAUUGCCAACAUGUCCCACUCGAAUCAGUCAGGGGAACUGGUUGCAGUACUUGCGACACUGAUAGACGCACCAAAUUAUGCACUGGUACAGAUCCAAACGGACUCCAGGUUUGUAAUAGACGGGCUGACAAAGCACUUGAAAGAUUGGGAAGACCGUGGAUGGUUAGGCAUGCACUACAAAGAACUAUUUAAAGCAACAGCGUACCAGUUGCAGCUACAAUUGGCUACAACAUCCUUUGUCUGGAUUAAAGGACACAGCGGAGAUAUGGGGAACAAAAGAGCAGAUGCUCUAGCCAGGAAAGGAGCAACAAAACAAAACUACAAUGAAAUAGACCUAACAGUCCCCCCUGAAUUUGACCUACAAGGAGCUAAGCUUGCAACGAUAACACAAACAAUGGCCUACCAAGGAGUUCUGAAGGAAAAGCACAAGAAACACACUGACCAAAAGACAACAAUGAUGCGGCUAGACAUAACCCAGUACGCAAUUGAACGGAUAAACGGCAACUUGGAAGCAGACCAAUCUAUUUGGCAUAGCUGCCAAAGCAAAGAUAUUAGCCUCACCAUACGACAAUUUAUCUUUAAGGCCCUACAUGACACACAUCACAUAGGACAAUAUUGGGACCACAUACCAUAA